UCACUCCUCGGCGUGUUUUAGCCGAUUAUAGUCCUCACAAAUUCAAUCGACAAGAACAGAAAGAAUCUGAGAAAAUCCCAUUUCUUCUAUGUGCUGAUCCCUUCGUUGAUAUUGAAUUUCUUUUUUGGUAGAGAAAAGGAGAAAAUAGGGAGCUUGACUCCGUUGACUGACUGAUUGAUUGAGUGGUAGAUCAUCAUCAAUCCAACGCCUUAAAAAGAUGAUGAUCUGCAAGGGAGUGUGAUAAGGUUGAUGGAGAAUAUGUGGUUGCUUCACUUGGCAUUAACAAAGUGACACUGCCUCUUUGAAUUUUGAACCCAAGAUUGAAACUUCGAAGGUCUGCCUUAUCUAGUUGAGUUGUCAUAGUUGAUACCAUGGGUGUCUCAGGAAAAUGGAUCAAAGCAUUGGUUGGCUUGAAAAAAACAGAAAAGUCACAAUCUUCAGAGAAGGGAGAAAAUAGGGCAGCCACUAGCAAAUUCCGUCACCGAAGAAAGCAUUAUGUCGAGCAUUCUGUCGAGUUUGACACAGAUAAACUUCAUGAAGAGUUGGAUCAGAAUGCUGUGCCAAUAGCCAGAGAUGCUAACGCUCAUGCAACUGCAGAUGCUGCUGGCUCCCCCUCUGGUUCUCUUCAAGUGUGUGAUGCAUCUGUUAAUGAACUUGCUAGGGAAGAAUGGGCUGCCACAAGGAUACAAACAGCCUUUCGUCGGUUUCUGGCUAGAAGAGCUUUGCGAGCCUUAAAAGGAUUAGUAAGGUUGCAGGCCCUUGUUAGGGGUCAUGCUGUAAGAAAACAAGCUGCAAUGACUCUUCGCUGCAUGCAAGCUUUGGUAAGAGUUCAGGCUCGUGUAAGAGCAAGGCAUGUUCGACUGGCAUUGGAAAGUGAAACUGCCCAACAGAAACUUCAGCAACAACUUGCAAAUGAGGCUCGCGUUAAAGAAGUAGAGGAAGGGUGGUGUCAUAGUAUAGGAUCUGUUGAAGAAAUUCAAGCCAAGUUACUAAAGAGGCAGGAGGCUGCAGCUAAACGUGAGAGAGCCAUGGCAUAUGCUCUGGCUCAUCAGUGGCAAGCAGGAUCAAGACUGCAGUCUAUGCCUGCUGGGUUUGAACCUGAUAAAAGCUGCUGGGGUUGGAACUGGCUGGAAAGGUGGAUGGCCGUACGUCCAUGGGAGAAUCGUUUUCUCGACACUAAUCUUCGAGAUGGAGUAAUGACAUGCAAGGAUGGUUCUUCAGAGGGAAAUGAUGGUGCCAAUUCUCAUAUAAAACCUGCUAUCAAGAAGCCAACUUCAUCAAAUCUUCAUGUUAAUCUAAAGAUAGGUCCAUCAUAUUCUGGAGGGAGUGAUUCUUCACCUGGAAAGUCAGCAAAUGUGCUAAAAACCGUCAAUGCAUUAUCUUCCAAGCCAAAAUCCAAACCAGCCCUUGAAGAUUUGGUUGAAGACGCUGGCACAAGACCUACUAUUACUUCAAGAUCUUGCAGCAAUCCUAAAGAGAGGACCGUAAAGUCAGAUAAACAGCCAAAGAAGAAAUUGUCUCUACCUAACAGUGGGGGAGGUAGCGGAACUGAAACCAGCAGGCCUGGCAGAACUGCUGCAAAAGCAACUCCAGGCUCUCACAAGCCGAUAAAGGACAGGUCCAAGUCCGACAGACAAGGGGACUCGAAUCCUGCAAAAAAUAUGGCACAAACUUUUGAUAUUUAAGGAAGUAUCUUGAAGAACCUAUAGGCUUGUCAUCCACCCAGGUCUUGUUUUAGUAUGUAUAUGCAUAUCGAAUUACAGCUCGAGAUGCAAUGGCUUUAUUUUUCUGACAUAAAAUUGAGUGGCUCCGUGGGGAUCGGCUGCUCCAUCGUCAUGGCAGAGUUGAGAUUCGGUUGGCUUGGUUUGUCAUGGGAAUAAGCCAAUAAGGUCGGUAGAUUUCAAGUGUUGAUAAUGAGCUGUGAUUAAAUGUAACAAAAACCACUUGUUAUUUGUGUGAAU